UCCCCGUCGUUGGUUAUUUGGAUGACGUAAAUCAGGAAGAUACCACUCUUACAGGACGUGCGCAACUAAUCAGCUGUUUCUAUUGUUUAUUGUUUGGAUAAAUUAGACGACAAAAGAUCAGCAGAAUGUCAGGAUUUCUUGACAGUAUUCGGUGUCCAGAAUGCGAGUGUUUUGACUGGGGAGAGAAAAGAAACACAAUUGCAUCCGUUGCAGCAGGUGUGCUGUUCUUCACAGGUUGGUGGAUAAUAAUUGAUGCUGCGGUCAAGUAUCCUGGACAGGAUCAGUUCAACCACUCCUACCAUGCCUGCGGAGUUGUAGCCACUGUUGCGUUCCUAAUGAUCAAUGCAGUAUCCAAUGGACAGGUUCGUGGAGAAAGCUACAGUGAAGGGUGCCUUGGGCAAACGGGUGCUCGCAUCUGGCUGUUUAUAGGAUUUAUGCUGGCAUUUGGCUCUUUGAUCGCUUCAAUGUGGAUCCUCUUUGGAGGUUACGUUGUAACCAGUGUUUGCUUUUUUUCUUGCAGAGGAACAAGUGGUAGUGUAUCCAGGUAUAGCAGUCUUUUUUCAGAAUGCAUUCAUCUUUUUUGGGGGCUUGGUGUUCAAAUUUGGUCGCACUGAAGAUCUGUGGCAGUGAUCGUUUUACUGUCCCACCUGACCUUUUUGUACUCUGCAUCGCAUCAUCACUGACGUUCUCAUACUGUAGUCUACUGCUGUCUACUUUAUAAAUGGGGAUAUGUGUUAACUGACAAGUCAAAUGACUUCUUGGUCUUAGACUGCAACUGCUUAAGCCCACAUUCUUCAUAUUUUGAUUUAAACACUCAUUUCUAAGUGAUGUUUCUUUCAGGUGAACAGGAGACCCUUAUUAGCAUUUAGUUGUGAAUUACUGUCCAAGAUUGCAGAUAUUGUGUCAGAAAGUCUUGGGUCAGUUUUGAGAGUUUCACUAAAUGAAAUUUUCUUAUAGGAGAUAAUUAUGCAGGGACUAGUUUACUAUAUUGUGACAAAGUGUUUUUAACAUGCAUGAAGAUUACUGGUGAAAUUGCUGCUGUCUUUACUUUCCAUACCUGCAGUAUUCGUGGAAGUAUCAUCGCAUUUUGUAUUUUCCAAGUCAAAAUUUGUUCAAGUUAGAACAUUUUACAUAGUGCUACAUUUACUUGCAGAUGUUAGUACCACUGUAGUGUAUGUAGCGAACGUCUUAGGCUUUUAGCAGAGUGGCUUUAAAUUUCUCAGGCUAAGUACAAACUCCUUUAUGCAGCAGACUAGAUCUUUUGACCUUUAGCAAGUCAUUUAACCUUUAUCAUUGCUGAUGUGCCACUAAUUUAGAUCCCACUUUUCCAUACCUUGUUGGAAGAUAAUUCUGAAUCAAAAAUACAGUGGAGAGUUUCUGUACCACCAGCUUGCUUUUUGCAUGGUGUUGGUACAUUUCUGGCCUACACAGUAUUUUUCUACUGUCCAGUCAUUUUGUGUGCAUUUAUUUAGUCAUCAUCUCAGUCCAGAAUUGACAUGAUGAAUUAAGAUUCCAAGAAGGAAUGCAAAAUUCUUACAGUAAGGUGUAACCCAUUUUGUAAUUCCUUUUCUUUGCUGUGAGAAAUGUCUUGUCCAUUGUGUUAUAUAUUUCAUUUCGGCCAUCUCAUGUCAUGCUGGGUUGUGAAGAGGAGCUGACAGAGCCCAUGUCUGAUUGUGGUAAUUUGCCUUUGGUAAAGGCCAUCAUAUGAUAUGGUAGGUUGCACCCUUUGGCAUAGUGCAUAUGGACAAUGGAGUUCUGUUAUGGAGGUAGUGCAUGUAGAUUUCUUAGAUGUGUCUAAUUUGACACUUUUCAGUGAAUUUGUGAAGUUGUCUCAUUGGUUAAAACCUAUCCUCUUACUGUGGCAAAUCCUACAGUAAUGACACAAGUCAGAAAGAUAAUCUGUAAAGUAACAGAAUUGAUUGCAUAUGCAUGAUCAGUUGUAUAAACACAGAAAGGCACUCAAGGUGUUUCUUGCAGGAAAUUUACUUGUUUCAGAAAUGAAGUUAUUCUGCUUUAACUUAUCACAGCAGUGUAGAAGACAUAGUUAAAACAGCACUAAUCCACAUGUUUUGGUGCCAUAUUGCUUAAUUAUAUUGUCAGGUCAUACAUUAUUGUGGGAUAUUGGCUCACAGAGGAUCAUAAAAGCAAUGUGUUUCUCUCAGCAUUGUCAGGUCAUACAUUAUUGUGGGAUAUUGGCUCACAGAGGAUAUAAAAGCAAUGUGUUUCUCUCAGCAUUAUUUAUGAUGGCAUCCCUUAUGAUUUCCUGUAUGUUGCAGUGUCAUAGUUUUGUAUACAUUUAUUUCUUGUGAACAUGAUUGAUGGAGAAAUGCAUCAUGAUAAUUAGUGUCUAGCAAAAAAUGCAUUCAAUAAAGUAGUUAAUUUAUGAAUUAUUCUUGACACAUCUCCUGCUCUUCUCAGAUUUUAAACAUUAUGCCAGCAAAGUACAUUCAUCAACUUGCUCUUGAACUCAUUUGCCCAAGCUCUUAACAGUUGGUUGCCAUUUUGUCCUCUCUGAUUCUUUUGUGCCCCAGCAUUUCCCAGGCUUAUUUUCCUCAUUCUGUUGUAUAUACUCAGAUGCUGAAAUGUCUCUGUGUGAUUAGGGACUUUACUGCCCUGGGUAAUUUCCACUUGAAUCUAUGACUUUUAUUUACCUUUUUGUUAGCUGGGUUAGUCCCAUGAUUGUGUAGCCUGUUUACAGAGGUGGUAUUUAUAUUGAUAGGCAUAAUUAGGCCAGAACAUCAGUGAAGUGCUCUUUUUAAAUAACUGCGAUAGGAUCUUUUAUACCUAGAUAUGCUGCCUUCACUUCAGAAGAGUGGGACUUAACUUUAAAGUGUCAUCUGAAAGAUGUCACCUCAGGAGCACAGCAAAGACUUUGUGAUCAACUACAACAUCAGUUAUGGAACACUAAUCCAGACAUGUAGGGUGGAGUUAGAACCAUCACUGUUCGGGUCUUCCUAGCAUUAAAGGCGAGUAUGCUACCUGCUAAGUCACUGGCACUGCAAAAUGGCAUUCCUUGAACAGAGGAGGUCCAAAGAAAUAAGGCUCUUUCCAGCUAACUGACCAUCAAGAAUAAACAGACGUUCAGACUCUGACGUAAAUUCAUACCAUGAAAGACAUGUAAAAUGCCUUGUAUACACUGAAAUCCGCUGUUUUAUUUUUUUCCUUUUUUGGUGGGGGGGGCAGGGGGGCAGGGGUGAUGGUACACCUUGACUCUGUUCUAAUUUUGACUGUCUAAUAGGAAUAUGAUUAUGUACAGUGGGAUUUUCUGCCCUGAUUGUAGUGCAUUACUGUGGGUCAGAAAAUUAGACUUAUUGUUCCAAUAUAGCUAGUGUUACCCACAAAGUAUUUACUCUUUCUGUCAGCAGCAGGCCUGAUGUAGAACCAGAGUUAUCCGUAGUAGUCUGAACAGCACAAAUAUCAAUAAACUGCUUUUGAGGAAUAUCACGUUUGCAAAGAGGCAGCAUAAACUAAAUUUAUUAGUGCCGAGUUGUAUACCUGUUUAUAAAAAGAGGAUUUAGGGUAGAGAUAUUGUACCUUUUGUAAGCUGUUUCGUAGUUAGUUUAAUGGAAGGUUUUAAGAGGUAGUACUGACAACCACAUCUGUGAUAUCAGUUCAAGUGUUUGAAAUAUUGUGUUUAAAGAGGCUGUAACUAUUUUUCUAGCACUUUUUGUACAACUCAGCCUUUUACUUAAUUUUUGAGAACUAAUUCCAACCCUCAAUACACACAAACUCAGACACACACACACCCCACCUGCCCCUGUUGCAGUAUCAGUGAGACACUGUAGAAUCAAAUGUACUAUAUGCAUCUCAUGUAGGAUAAUAUGUCCGAGUUUCUUCAUAAAAAAUAACAGUUUGUUGAAAACUAGUAAUAACAGGUUGCAUUACAAUAAAGUUGUGUGGGUGGAUCAUUUUGGAAAUGUUUGUUCAGGGUAGACAUCGUAGUUUUAUGUUCUAGAUGGGCUGGCUUUCUAGUACAUAUUAAUCUUGUAGCUGGAAUCGCAAGUAUAGACCUUUCUGAAGUUUAGUAAUGCAGGUUUGGAUAUUCUUGCUUUGGGAGUACUAAUGGGCCUUUAGAAGAGGUGAUGUAGCAUAUGUAUUAUGUUUGCUUGUAAUUCCAAGUACUUGUGGACUGCAACUUUUAAUUGAAGAGUGUUGCAUUUCUCCUGUACCAAGAUAUCAUGCUAGCAGUGGAGACAUAAUUUGCAGAGCAAGUGUUCUUAAACCACUAUUGGUGUCUACUUUCUAGUGUUAUAUUUAAUAAACAUGCCUGUUACUUUUUAAGCAACGUGCACUAUUACUCUGUAUGACAGCCCUUUUGCAGAUAUUGUAAAGUAUUGUUAAACAGUUUAAACAUCAUCUCAGAAAUGGAAAAGAGCUAAAAACUAAGACCAAGACUUUUGUAUUAGUGCAUACUGUAAAUGGGACUCUAAAAUGUAGGAAUGCAUUGCUAAAUUGUUAUACCUUGUGUAAAGAUCUUGCAAAAAACUUUUGUCUUCAUCACUAACCUAUAUUACCAGAUGUUUGCUUAACCUCUGCUGCAAGCCUGUUCAGUAUUUUUUCUUGGUACCCCUUGUUCUGAAGAUGUAUGCUAGAAGCAAAAAGUUGAAGCAGACGUUUUUUGCUUCUUUAUGAAGCAAAUUUUUUUUAUUUCCUUAUGAAUAAAGUUUUUUUUGUUUCAUUUUCUAUAAUGACAGAUUAAAACUAGCCUUUGUUCUGAUUGUAGCUGUUAAAGCGUGCUAAAGUUAUGCUGCUUAUAUCAAAAGUAACAGAAAUAUGCAUGUAAUCCAGGCAUAUGUCAAGAUUGUGGGGAAAAUAACAAAGUGUAUUUGCAAGAAAUGGCUAGUGAACACUUAAUAAUCUUUAUUUUUUUGUCUGAUAUUUUGAACACAAAUACGAGCCUGUUGAUGGGUAAUCUAGUUUUGUACAUUGUAUAACUGCUCAGGAGAUGACAGCAAUACAUGAUGUUUUGCAAGUACUUUUUAGUCCCCUCAGUGACUGAAGUUGUGCAGAAGUUUUUGCAAAUCCUGUCUCCUGACAGAGCAGGUAACCUAAACUAAUAGCGGUCACUUGGACUGUUGUACACAUUCUCUUGUUCUUCAGUAACUGUGCACAUGUAGCCUAAUCAUACAGACAGUAAGAUUAAGAUGCAUGUUUGAGCAUUCUUCCUUAGGUCAGCAGUAUGUCACUUGUAGUGAUUACAAUCAGUGCCUGUAAGGAACCUAAAGUUUAUAUCAUAUUAGGCCUGUUGUAUAUGCAUUUCAACAGACUGCACUUGAUGCCCUGAUAAUUUCAGGUUCUGAUGAUGAUCUGAUUCUCAGAUUUAAUGUAAAAGACUAUUCUGUUAAAAAAAAAAAAAGUUGUAGCUGUUGCCUUGCUUUUAUGUGCAAGAACGUACUAAGCUGUGAAGACAGAAUUAUGUAAUGCAUUUAAUUAGUAAGGGGUAUGUAAGCUUGUGUAGACCACUUUGCUGUUUGAUUUGGUCACUGCUAGCUAUUUUGUAUCCCAAAAAUUAUGUAAAGUAAACCAAAACAAAAAAAAAAUAAUAACAUAAUGGAUCUUUAAUACAAGGGAGUAAGAAAUACAUUGGCAAGUGCAGUUUAGAAAUAAAAUCUGCACUAGGAAGCAUGCAGUGAAAGUGAUGAGUCAGCAGCUGUCUGCUUAUCAAGGUUGGGAAGGCAAACCAACUAGAUAAUGCAUUUAGUUUUAUCAUCCAUGGUCCAAAUCAAGUCAUAAAAAGGUUUACUGAAAAUCUGUCAAAAUAAUACAGAUAUUGGCGUACAGUUCUAAUGUAAUAUAAGGCAGUUUGUACUUUUUAUAUCACAGUACCUCUGUCAAAAGGUAUGAUUGAGAUGUAUACCAUGCAACUUUGAAUGGAUGGAACUGUUUUCUUUGACCUGCAGAGCUAAUGCAUGUAAUUUGGAGAUGCAACACAAUACUCUCUAAGUGAAGGACAAAAAAAUACUAAAUGAAGUGAGUAGGAGGGAAAGAGAUGCGCACCCAAAUAUAAAACACAAGAAAAGCACAAAUGAGUACACUGCACAUUUAUAAUAAUGAUCGUAUGACUGUUUUUGUGGUGAUAUGAAGCUGUAAUUUGUUCAUAUAUGAUGCAGAGUGUUAUAGAAAUCCCUGCAGAAAUCAUGUCCUUGUAUAUCUUGCCUUAGUUCUUUUUCACAAAAUUAACAGCAAUGAUUAGAUUGUCUUUUCCAUGUAUUUCAAGUGGAGUUUUUCAGAACAUUUUGGCCAUUUAUUUAAAAUGUUUGUGAGUUUAUGAUUUGUUUUUCAGUGUUGCUCAUACAAAUGAAUACUUAAAAAUUGUUCGGCCAGCAUUCACUAUUUUUGUGGUUCACUAUCGUUUCUUUACUAAUGUAAUACAUUUCCAAGAAUUUUUCUUUCUUUUGUUGCUGUAAAUGUGAUUAAAUUACAUUUCAUUUUUAAGUAAACAUCCAACAAUGUUCACAGCAUCACGUCAUGAUUGCCACUGGUUUCUUAAAUCACCUCUCCAGAGUGUUUGCUUUUCUACUGCUUUAGAAGUUUUAUUUAAAAAAAAAAAAAAAAAAGACCUUAUUUAAUCUGCAUUAAGGCUCAUUUGAAACGAGUGGGUCUGUGAUGAGCCAUCUUGCAAAAUUUGUUGAGUUUUAUGUGGAUUUCAAAGCUGUAGCAUGUAAAAGGGACAGAAUAUAUCCUAUUUGCGUAUUCUCUGUUACAUAAUGUAUUUAAGAGGGACCAUUUUUUAUUCUGGUGUUUUUAGGAAGCUUUUAAGCCAAUUCCUUUUUUAGAGGCGAAGUGUAAAACUACUGAUUUAUAGCAUUUCCUUUAUGAAAGGUUAUACUUUCAUAGUUUUGCAUGCUGCAGGAAUUGUUAAUGUUUCUUUUUUUUUUUUUUAUUGUCAGAUUUCCGGUAGUGGGAUGAAAGUUGUCCAUUUUUGGGUCUCCACCUUGCUAGAAACAUGCUACAUAAAUGAUUCAUUUUUUUAUAAACUGUGCAGUGCAGUAGCCUCCUGAAAUCCACCUCCAUGGUUUAAGGUUUUAUAGCUGCUCUUGGUUAGGUUGAUUUGAAGUAUUACUAAUGUAAUGGAGUAACAUCAUUACAGUGGGAUUAUUCUUGAGAAAGGUAUAUGCUUGGAAUAUAUUUUGACACUUGCUUUGUUAAAAUGUCUUGUUAUGACAUCUUCAUUUUUUGUUCUUGUAACUAAACUGCGUUAGCUAAGUUGCACUUUUUGUAUAUCUGUCUUUAUUCAGAUUGAUUAAAAUAUGAUCCUUA